ACUUCGUUAUAUUUCUGCGUUUUGUUUUUGUGUUUGUUUCUUUAGUUUCUCCAUUUUCUCUUUCUUUUCUGUGUAUUUCUUAAGUCAUUCACCAUGCCCAGAACUGCAUCCUUCCUCUCCCCCAUACUUUUUUCAACUUUGUCCUUUUACGAGGAUUGACUUAGGCAACUUGAAUUCUUUGCACCAAGUGUUGUCAGUGAACGGAGGUACAAGAUUUCAAGAGUAAUAUCCCCUCCCCAGCGUUUCAGUGUUAACAUUCCAAAUUCACGUUAAGCCUUAGGCUGGAGAACGUUCUAACCAUUUGCUUCUGAUACAAGCUAUAAAGAAUACCAAAGCUAGACAUUACCAAGUUUAUUUAAAAUUCAAAUUUUACGAAAUAGCAACCAUUAUCUGUUACUGUUGUUGUGAUCCUUUUGCCCCAUCUCUUCCUGGAGUUUCAGUGUUCGCAAAGUCAGCAAAUUUUGCUCAUUUAGUGUAUUGCUCGGCAGAUAGAUUUUUUUUGAAGCUGUUCCUGCCCCCUGGUGGCUUGCACUGUAGGAAAAAAGCCAAAACUACCCUAAUAACUCUGAGGUAAAAUUUUUAAGGAAAAGCAAGUGUUUGUUGAGGGAAUUUUGAGGAGUAAGAAAUUAUCUUCCUCUUGGGGGAUCAGGGGAAAUUCUCUAGUUUUUCAGUGAAUUUUUAAACUUGGCUGAAGUAGGAGAUAAUGUCAUUCCAGAUGGGAGAGCCUCAGGAGAGAGGAAGCAGGCCGGACAUGGUAGAGACGAGCACCAGGAAUCAGCUGAGAUGAAAUGAAGAGAUCUAUACAGAGACCUACACCAGGGAGUUUGACUUUUUUCAGCAGCUCAAUGGCCUCCCCGAAGAAGAAGCUUCAAGGUCUCGUGGCUGCAACCAUCACGCCAAUGACUGAGCAUGGAGAAAUCAACUUUUCAGUCAUUGGUCAGUAUGUGGAUUAUCUUGUGGAAGAACAGGGAGUGAAGAAUAUUUUUGUGAAUGGCACGACGGGAGAAGGCCUGUCCCUGAGCGUCUCAGAGCGUCGCCAGGUCGCAGAGGCAUGGGUGGCCAAAGGGCGGAACAAGUUGGAUCAGGUGGUAAUUCAUGUAGGAGCCCUGAGCUUGAAAGAUUCACAAGAACUGGCCCAACAUGCAGCAGAAAUAGGAGCUGAUGGCAUCGCUGUCAUUGCACCUUUCUUUCUCAAGCCAUGGAACAAAGAUGCCUUGAUUAAUUUCCUAAAGGAGGUGGCUGCUGCCGCCCCAACAUUGCCAUUUUAUUAUUAUCACAUUCCGGCCUUGACAGGGGUAAAGAUUCGUGCUGAGGAAUUGUUGGAUGGGAUUCAGGAUAAGAUCCCCACCUUCCAAGGGCUGAAGUUCAGUGACACCGAUCUCUUAGACUUCGGGCAAUGUGUUGAUCAGAAUCGCCAGCAACAGUUUGCUUUCCUUUUUGGGGUGGAUGAGCAACUAUUGAGUGCCCUGGUGAUGGGAGCGACUGGAGCAGUGGGUAGUACCUAUAACUACAUGGGAAAAAAGACAAACCAGAUGUUGGAGGCUUUCGAACGAAAGGACUUCUCUUCAGCCCUGAACCAUCAGUUUUGUAUUCAGAGAUUUAUCAACUUUGUGCUCAAACUUGGUUUUGGAGUGUCGCAGACCAAAGCCAUCAUGACUCUAGUCUCUGGGAUUCCAGUGGGCCCACCCCGGCCUCCACUGCAGAAAGCCUCCAGGGAGUUUAUUGAUGAUGCAAAAGCUAAGCUGAAGAGCCUGGAUUUCCUUUCUUCCACUGAUUUAAAGGAUGGAAACUUGGAACCCUGUAGCUAGUGCCUCUCUAUCAAAUCAGAGUGUGUACCUUGAAUGGUGCCUUCAUUUCUCAAGGACUUUUUAGAUGAACUUGAACUAAACUCUUUUCUAGCAAGUGAAAUCUCACCCAAUCAACGAGUAUUUAAGUACCCUCUAAGAUCCUAAAAAUCUCUUAUUUUGUGAAGGGGCAAAAACUCUAAAAGGAAUCAUGAGCCCUGAGUUAUUCAAUAUUUCACAAAAUUUUUGUGGAGAAAUUUCUGCUUAUAUGGAUGAAAUGGAAUCAAGAAGAAAAUUAUAAUGAUUCAUUCCAUCUGCCUUUAGGAGCUCCCAUUAUCUUUAUUUCUGAUUCUUAAUCCUAUUUUAAUUUUUUUUUUAAUUUUAAACCACUAUAAUAUACUUUCAUUUUAAUAAAUAUUCAUUUGGAAUCUAGGACAACUCUGAGCUACUUCGUUUAGGCAGAUACACUUACUUCAAUGCCAAAAUACAACAUAACUCAACUGUUGUAGUUGUGUAUAUUAUUAACACACCCCCUCACUUGGCUGCUCAGUUUAAUUCUAGAAUAUCUGCUUUCGGAUUAACUGUGAUGUCAGUUUUCCCCCAAAACACUGCAUUAGGUGAAGACUUGCUUCAGUUCUUAUCACUCAAGGGCCCAUUAGAGUAGCUUUUCACAAAACAAAGGCCCUCCCCAAAGAUGAACUCAAGUCUCCACUUCUUGAUAUAUAGAGAACUUCUCAAAGCUUCAAGUCUCAACCAAAGAGCUCUCCUCUGGGCACCACACACUUCCCCUUUCCCCACAGAAAGUGAAUGGCUCCCCCACAGUGCCCUGAAUGACUGUACAUGAAGGCCAAUGUCCCCUCUAUUGUGAGCCUAGGGGCUAACUGUUAUUUCCUGGUCACACUUCAGCACAUUUUGAAGAUUUGGGGAGGACCAAAAGAUUUCACUCGUGCUAUCCCUACAUACCUUUUUAUUCUUUUCUUUCUCAGUAGUAUGGCUGUUUAGUCUCCCUUCAACAAACCCUGGUUAGUGCUUCCUAGUAACAAAGUGUAUUGCCAGUCAACCCUUGGUGAUUGUAAACCUGACUAUCCAGUUUAUCAAUUACCAAGGAUUUUUACUCUCUUUUUUUACUCUUUAUAGUUUACUCUUUAUAUUUUAUCUCUGAAAAGGAGAACUUUUUUCAAAAUGAGAAUUUGAAAUUAUCUGUGGAUUCAGUUACCAUUGUCAAUUGAUCAGUUAAGAGUUGUUAUAUUUAUGGCUCCUCACUCCUCUUUUUGCUCAGGAAUGACAUGUGCUGUUUUCUCAUAUUUCUGCCUCCUUCAGGAGUAAGGCGUUGGAAUAAGAAAUUGAACUGUAGUGGUUUAUGUGAGCUUAUAUUCUCUCACUGAAACAUUUCUUUAUAGCCAUUAAUUUCCUAAAGGAAGAAAAGGGAGGUUUUUGGUUUGAAGAGGUCGUAUCCCUACUUAAGUAUACUAAAGUCAAAUUAAUUUUUUCUAUGAAGGUACAUCGUGGCUAUCCACUGGCCAAGAUUUUUUUUUUUUCUGAAGUGAGUGCUUGGAGAACUUUGAAGAUAGUUAAUAAGAGCUUGUAAACACAAAGAGAAAUAAGAUGAUUUUUCUUCAGUGACCAGGGUUGAAUUUAACUCUGUGUGUUCUAAUAUCCAACUCCUUGGAAAUGAAUGUUACGUAGUAAUAGUUACUAAUAAUGCCUUUUAUCAAAAGUAAAUUUUUGGAGUAUUAUGAAUUUACUAUUACCUUUGAAUUUAAUCUUUAAUACUAAAACUAAAAUAAUGAUGUGAAAUACUUCGCUCAGCAUGAUACUAAAAGCGAAUUUUUAACCUCUGUUUCAAGAUGGAAUUCUGAGAUUAAUUCACUGGGGAUGGUGGAAGGACAAAGUGAUUCCAGGGACUGGUUUUACUUAGGAUCUCUUGGGUUUAUUCACAGAUGUAGGAAAAUGCCAUGGUGUGUGGGGCACCGGUGGAGGUGGGGAAUGGGUAAUGCAUGCUCUUCUCCAGAAAGGCUGUUUGCUACAACUUGAGAGAAAUUUCCUCUUUAUGAUCACGUGAAGAGCACAUAAAAUCCCUUCUGUCAGGAAUCUGGAGCCUGAGGGGAGGCUGGGUUGGGCUGGGCUGGGCUAAGGGACAUUCUAAAAUGACUGCAGUCCAAGACCAGGCACCCACCUGGACUCACCCAGGCUUUUCACAUAAGGAAGAACGGAGAGGGACUUAAAUGCCUGUCAAAGCAAGAAGAGCAAAGAACAGAUCUAACCCAUUUAACCAUUGUCCUUAUCACAUGCUCACUCAACCCCAAUUUCUUUCAGUUACACGGAGAAGGAAUCUUGGAAUCAAAGUUAUACAAACCAGCAGAGCUAAGCCCUUGCUAGAGGUGGGGCAUCACCUUGCACUUUGGGUUUCUGGGGCUGAGAAAUGGCUACUUGGUGGGCAAAAUAACUAACCCAAAUCAUGUUUUCUCUGCCAACCCCUUUGGUGACUCUUGAGAGAUCAUUUGAUACAUAGGACACUUCUUCAGCAUUUUAAGUUAGACAACCAAAAGAAAAACCUUACAGAAAUUUCCUAGAUCUUAAUCAUGCACUUAGUAAACAUAACAGAAUGGAUUCCACAAAAUAUGUAUAGAACCUAUAUCCAGCAGGACUUGUUACCUAUAUCUGUAUACCAGGUAGAGGGAGUGUUCGAGUUCUAUGCCACAUGGACCACCUUGGAGCGUGGACAUCAAGUUCACCUCCAGUAUAUUUUCUACACACCAGCUAGAAUGACCUUCAUCAAUGCCAGGUUCCCAGAUUUGAGCCAGAUUUUGGAUGAGGCCCUGUGGGCACAGAAAAUUUUUUCAAAUAUCAACCUUUGUAAGGGACAGGCCUCUUGCCCAUCACCAAGCACACAUAACAAAGUUAUCAUUGAGGUCCUGGAAGUGGGCUCCCACUGAUGGGCAAGCACAUCAGGGGCUCAGAGUGAUCUAUAUAUAGUCCAAGUCCAGUUGGCCCCAUUUAAGGUCGCCUGCCUCUGGUAAGAGGAGGUGGCACAGGGACUACAAAUCGCAUUCCUGGGAAUCCUUGGACUGCAGUGCAACAGAGUGAUUCACAUCAGGACUCGAGGGAAUGUGUACAUCUAAACCAUCUCUUACUAAGAGCUGCAGGUAAUAUUCACAAGCCUGGGCGGUCUGCAGGUUGCGGUUGCUAUCUGGACUCCCCAGAACAUUGAUCCAAUUAGUAUCAUCCUUGUCUUUUCCCUAAGGAAGUAACCUCAGUCAGCUUUGAGGUCCCAAUUUGAACAUUAUACUGAGUAUUCUCUUUUGCUCUUUCACUUGUCUGUACAGAAUUGCAGUAUCUGUGGGUCUUCCAUCAAGAUCACUGAGUCUGGCCAGAGGAAAGUGCUGGAGGAUGGUGGUGCAGGAGGAGAGAGACUAAGAGACUAACUCCCACAAAGCAGUGAGGGAAGUGUCUCUGUGUCCCUUAGACUUCAUCUGAGAUUAGAAUCUUGGGAAGGAGCCAGACAUGUAAAGAGAAGUAGAGGGUAUAUUCCCGGUGGUAGGAGCCAAAGAUCUGAUGAUUCCAAGCCACAACAGUCUGUGGAGUGUGAAGAUCUGAACAGAAGCCAGUGGGCCAGAGUUCAGACACUAAGGAAAGAAUAGGAAGGGAAAUAGUUUAAAGGGACCGGAAGGAGCCAGGUCCUGUAAGGCCUUGUAAAUCACAGGAAAGUUAAACUAAAGAUGUUACUCUGUGCUUUGAGUGUAAAAUAACUAUAAGUUGCCCAGAAGAUUGAAAAAUGGGUUAAGGAAAUGGUGCAGAAGGAAGAAAAGUUUACAAUAAGGCUUCGUUACAUUGCAGCUUAUAUACAGCUAUAUAUAUUGUUACAAGUUAUUGUUAUUAUAUAAACUUUGUGGAAAAAUUGAUAUAUUUUUCUAUCUGGAAUUUUUUGUUUUCUUGGGUUCGGGUAGUAUACAUCAUGAUUUUUCUGGUUAAAAUUAAGCAAAAUAUUUUUUUUUAAUUUUGUGGCUUUUUAUUUAUUUAGCAGUAGGGUGAAAUAAACAUGAAAGAAGGAUAGGUACGCUCAUAGUCUGUAUUAGAUAAUUCUAACACUUAAGAUACGUACAAGUACAAUUUUGCUGGCUGGUUUUUUUCUUCUGAUGCUCGUGGUACUUUUUAUCCUCAUAUUUUGUGAUUUUUAAAUGUGUUUAUGUACAGUGGAACCUUAUAUGUAAUAAUUAUUUCAAGUCUGGAUGGAAAAUGCACUCUACCAAAGAGGAUAUG